AUGGCUUCACCACUGCCGACCGCAUCUUCACGAGCCUCGUCCAAACUGCGCAAAUCCUGUGAUUUGUGUGCGGCGACCAAAGUCGGAUGCACCAAAGAAAAGCCGAGCUGUGCUCGGUGUGCCAAACGAGAUCACCCCUGCGUGUAUAGCACUGCAAAGCGUGCAGGUCGUACAUCGGGCAAAACUCACACCAGGGCACGAAGGGACUCGGCAUUGACGAUGACAGCGACCAUGACCGCCACAGCGUCACCGAGUCCGACAUUCACCUCAGCACAGGCAAGUGACACCACCAGUCCGUCCACCCCGGAUGGUGGUGGGCUCUCCCCGUCGCUCGGUCUCCAGAGACAAUGCUCGCCGUAUCCCGACAUCUUCGGAGCCCUGAGAUCGCUCGACGAGAACUGCCUAUCAUCACUCCCCGCGAGUUCUUUCCCAGAUUUGGACGAGCUCUUCGCCUCGGCAGUAGGACUUCCUCUAGAACAGCAAGACGAUGCAGCCACUUUCUUUGACUUCACCCUCGACGACACCCGCACGUGCCCAUUCCCUGCACCGGAGCUCAUCACGCACCCGACAUCUCCCACAUCUGCAGUGCGACCUCACAUCGAUGCAGCACCGACGAUCAGCCGUCCAACCUCGGCCGCCUGCCAAUGCUUGGCUCGUGCUCUUGCGCUGCUAGCCGAUCUCUCCCCAGGCAAUCCGGGGUGCGGCAACGAUCCGGGGGCCACCGCCACGCCCACGCUGCCCGAUUUCGAACGCGUUCUCGCCCAAAACGAGCAGACCAGCGAGACCGUCCGCAGAAUUCUGCAAUGCAACUGUACCAACGACAGCUACCUCCUGAUCACCCUGUCUCUCGUAGUUUUCCGGGUCAUUGCCUGGUACACCGCGGCCACGGGGGCUGCCUCAGGCGAGGACCCACUCGAGCCCGUCCUGCAAGGCCCCCCCUCCUCCCCCGACUGCGCGUGCGAGGAUGAACAGCGCAUUGCCGUGCAGCGCAUCCUCUCCAAGCUCGCAGGCGUCCAGGCAUCCGUUGAUCUGCUGGCACAGCGGCUGCGCCGCAUCUCGGAAACGGCCGGGGAGGAGCCGCCGGACACCUGUGACCCCUCGCUGCACAUGACCGGCCCCCUUGCAGGAGGCAUCCACGCGUUUUUAAAACCUUUCUCGCCCGGCUUGGUGAACACGCUGGAAGCCGAUCUGCGGAAGCGUCUUUGUGACCUGUCAAGGGCUAUUGUGGAUCGCUUGCGGAGGUGAUGACCCCGCUGCACCAUGCACAGGGAGAUCGAGGGCUACUUGGGCCUGGAGGGGCCGGAGAGGGAGGGGCCCAAAUCGGGACCCCGAUAAUGAUUCCUUUGUACAAUGCACAGUGAUACAUUAUGUUUGUAAUCCACUUGCAGAUGCAGAAUAGAUGCAGUUGGCC